UUGAUUUUUAGAUAUUUGUGCUUUGUAGUUUUUCUACACACAGUUAGCAGCGAAGUGGUUGAUGAUGUGGUGUUUGACCUUGUCUCGCGUCGGCUAGAUCAUAUUUCUGUAACAUUAUCUAGAAUUGCAAGGAAACAAAAAGUUCUAGAAACACGCAUUAAUGACAGUGCUGCUGUCAGAAAUGAUGACUGUUGCAAGGAAUCGCAAAAGGAAGAAGUAACUGAUUUAGAUUUCAUAAAAGGCUGGCUGGGGGAUUAGCUCGCUGCCAUUAAACGGGCAAUUUCAUCCGAAAAAGAGUAUGUCCGAAAUUUAGAAAUGAAAAUUGAGACUAACGCUGCUGGUCAGACCACACCAAUCGGUCUUAAAAGUAGAGUGGAAGUAGUGGAGAAGGAAGUAACCAACAAGGCGAUGUCCAGCGCGUUGAAAAGCAAAAUAGAAUCGGUGGAAAAGGGCUUGCAUUCAGUUGAAACAAUGCCAAGCAGCCUACAGAACAGAGUUGACUCGCUGGAAAAGAAACUAGGUUCAGUAGAAACAACUUCAGAUGAUAUCGAAAGCAGAGUGGAUUCUAUGGAAUCAAGCAUCUCCUCUUUGGUACUGGCAUCAGCCAGGAAGGUCAGUUUUUCUGCGCAAUUAAGACCAGAAGGAGCAAAUGCCGUAGUCUUGAUGAAAGAAAGAAUUAUAACCUGCAACCACGUGUUUUACAAUGACGGCUCAGGAUAUAAUGAAACAAGGGGUGUAUUCACCGUUCCUGUAUCUGGUGUCUACCAGUUUAUCUUCUUCGUCGAGGGUGCGCAGAACGACGAUGACUUCAGUUGUUCGACAGCAGCCGAUGCAUUAUAUGUUGACGGUAAGGCACAAACGGCUGCCGUUGCUGAACCAAUGCAUGUACAGCAAAACACGCAAGCUGGCAACGCUUAUAUCAGUUAUUUCAGAAAAGGACAGAAAGUGGUGAUAGGGACGGGAAGCAGUUGUGACAAGUACACUAUCUUUGCUUACAGAACAACAUUUAGUGGUGUUCUGCUGAACUAA